AUGCACAUCGCUACCGUCUGGACCGUCAGCGCUCUGGGCGUCAUCGGCAUGGUCGCACCUGCAGCAAUCGUGCCCCGUCAAGCCGAAAGCACGGUUUAUCUGGGCUUAUACAACGGUACUGACUGUCAGGGAAGUGUUGAAGAUGAUGUGGACCACAUUCAUAUCAAUGGAAGCGCCUACUACAACUGCUUCGCUGCCACCGUCAAGCAGUCAAUUGCCGUUGACCAAAUUCCAGAGGGCUGUUGA